GUCUCCAUCACAUCUGGCUGAAGGAGACGGGGGCUGGGCAGGGAAUCACACCCAGCACAAGUGUCUGGUCCCCUUCUGGAGCUGUAGGUGGCAGUGUGGCUGCCCAUGGGGAUGCAGCUGGUGACAUGUUAGAGCACAGUGUAAGAAACACUAUGGGCAUAGCGGAUCUUAGAGGGUAUAACAUGGCCUGCAAACCCAGAGAGGAGGCAGAGCUGUGGCUUGGGGACUGGAGACCGUUGGCAGGUACCCCGAGGAAGUGUGCAUUUCCUUCUGGGCUGCGCACACCUGAGUGGGAGCCGGGAGUCCGAAGGGGAAUGGACAGGCCUCAGCCACAGCUGCUUCUGUUUGGGCAGGGUUGGGACACUUCAUUAGGAUCCAGAUCUGCCCACCCCCAACAGAAGCCAGGCUGGGGGAACUGAGGAACCAUGAAAAAUACCCACUCCUCAGAGACGGCUCCUCACCAGCUGACCCAGGCUGCAGUGCCCCACCAGUGUAGGGGCAGGAUGAGGGCCGGGGAGUCUCCAUGGGAGCCUCAUCCUUUUCUUUCUCUUCCCAGUCCAGGAUGACAGGGACCCGCAACUGGAGAGCCAUGCAGGAUAUGUGCCGAUACCGGCACCACUACCCGGAUUUGGUAGAACGAGACUCCAAUGGUGACAUGCCCAACUUGAGUUUCUACAGAAAUGAGAUCCGCUUCCUGCCUAAUGGCUGUUUCGUGGAGGACAUUCUUCAGAACUGGAAGGACAACUAUGAGCUCCUGGAGGACAAUCACUCCUACAUCCAGUGGCUGUUUCCUCUGCGGGAACCGGGAGUGAACUGGCAUGCCAAGCCGCUCACACUCAGGGAGGUUGAGGCCUUCAAAAGCUCCACGGAGGUCCAGGAACGGCUCAUCCGGGCCUACGAGCUCAUGCUUGGCUUCUAUGGCAUCCAGCUGGAGGACCGAGACACGGGCGCUGUGUGCCGGGCACAAAACUACCACAAGCGCUUCCAGAACCUGAACUGGCGCAGCCACAAUAACCUGCGCAUCACCCGCAUCCUCAAGUCGCUGGGCGAGCUGGGCCUGGAGCACUACCAGGCUCCGCUGGCGCGCUUCUUCCUCGAGGAGACACUGGUGCACCACGAGCUACCGGGCGUGCGCCAGAGUGCCCUGGACUACUUCCUGUUUGCGGUGCGCAGCCGGCGCCAGCGCCGUGAGCUCGUGCAUUUCGCCUGGCUGCACUUCCAGCCCCGCUGCAAGUUCCUCUGGGGUCCCCGAGACAAGCUGCUGAAGUUCAAACCCCAGGCUACGGUCCAGGCUCUGGCCAGCCCCAGGCAGGUGAAGCGAGACAGGGUCCUGGAGGACACCCCGCAGGAGGCCAGCGCCCAGGGUCAGACCUGCGGGCCGGAGAAGGACCAGGGAGGGGACGGUGUAUUGGCCGAGGGUCCCCAGCCGCUGGGUGAAAAGCUCCAGGACGCAGGAAACCUGGAGGGAGACCAGGAGGAUCAGGCCGAACCCCCAAGCCCCAAAGAGAGCAAGAAGAGGAAGUUGGAGGCCAACAGGCGGGAGCAGGCCCCAGGGGAGCUGGGGUCCCAGGGCGUGUCUGAGGUGGAGAAGAUAGCUCUGAACCUGGAAGGCUGUGCCCUCAGUCAAGGCAGUCGUGACCUAGGGGAGGCCGAGCAGCCGUGUCCCAAGUCCCCAGCAGCCAGGGCGGCCGAUGAGGUGAGGAAGCGGAGGAAGGUGGAAGAGGAUGCAGGGCGUGAGGAAGUGGAGACCCGUGGCGGCAGCCCGAUGCCGGCUUCUGCCCCAGGGGAGUGCCCCAAGGCCCAGGAUUGUGGGGAUGGGGGAGAGGGGGACCCAGGAAGCCAGGCCAGAGCGGAGCAGGCUGCUCCAAGGAGUCCAUCAGACGGGCCUGGUCCUGCCACCACAGGAACCUCAGAAGCUGAGACAGGAGGAGGUGGCCAGGACGGGGCCUUCUGUCACACCUGGAAAGCCUUAAGGGACAGGAGCCAGCAGCAUCUUGGCCCUGCCCAGCCCCGGUGCUGAGGGGGAUCUGGGGCCCGGCACCCUGUUGCUGGCUCUUCACGGUGCCCAGCAGUGCUGGCCUCUCCCUGGUGAUCACAUUCAGUGGCCACCGGAAGGACCGAGUCCCUGCCCUCAGGGAAGGCCAAGGCCUUCAGAACCCUUCUUACCUCACUGCAUCCCCACCCAGCUCUCUCGGAGCCCCACAUUUGUAAAUAUGAAGGGGGAGGUCUCGGCGGGAGAGGGUUUGUUUUCUUAGUCUGGUGCCAAGCGAGGCCUUUUCUGAAUAAACUCACUUGACUUUGGGGCCUUUGGGUGUGGACUGAGGCUCUUUUCGGUGCUCUGUGGGGCUGGUUGUAUAACGUGUUCUCUGGGCUUUCUUCCCCGGGUCCUAGGUGGCCCCAGCAUGCUUGAGUCUGGUCCUCAAGGUCCCCUGGAGCCGGAGGGCCAAACAGUUGGCCCCUGGCUGCCUUUUGUCACCUGCUUAAGAGUUGGUGAGGACUGCAGGGUUCUCAGGUGGCUGGGGAGCAGUGUCUGGGGGCUGCAGAUCUAGCCUGGGCCUUCGCAGCUGCCCUCACAAGCGCAGUAAGCAGUAAUCUCUAGCCCUCCCUGCACUGUCUCUCUGUGGCCCAGCACUGCCCCUCUCCAGGACGUCCCCUUGUCCCCAGCACUUGCAGGUUGCUGUGUGAGGAGCUGUUCUGGGGCCUCUGAGGGCACCGCUGACUCGCAGCUCCCCAAGGGACCACAGACAGACUUGCCAUGGGCAGAACACUGGACGUGGGGCACAGACCUGGGGUCCAUCGCAAGGCGGGAAGCGUCACUGUUCUGAGUCAGGGCUCUGCUCGGGAGGAAGCUGUCACUGUCUACUGGAGCACUGGGCUUUUGCUGCUGGCUGCGCUCCCACUCUUCAACUUGAGUUUUGAAAUGGAUUUUUACUGUACAGGGGAAACAGGCACAGCGUGAUGCAGUGUCAGUUUGGUGGUGUCCCUCUGAUCACUGGUGCUCGGGGUCUUGCGUUGGGUAGGGAAUCCCACUCCUGCUUGGGGAGGCGGGGCCUGCCUCAACUUGAAGGAGAGCAGUGUCCCCAAGUGGGAGGACAGUGCCUUGGUUCUGCCAGCUCAAGGUGAUACUGGAGAGGCUGGGCUCUUAACGGUGGGUGAGGCCAGCACCCUCCCUGUCCUCGGCCAGCCCAGCCAGUGGCCUUGUGACAAGGUGAAGGCCAGUCCAGCAGAGGCCCAGUGGGCCCAGAUGCCAGCCGCUUCCCUGGCCUGCGAUGAGGGCACCUGUGCCUCGGUGCCCUGACCAGCUGCCUCUGGGCACGUGAGUGGCUGCGCUGUGGCCUGGGCCAGGAGCAGGCAUGAGGGGUGGCUACAGCCUUGCUUUCUCCGGAACUUGUUCCUGGGCCAGGGAUUGGGGGCUGCCCAGAGCCCCUCAUCCCUGCCCCUACGGUCUGAGCAAGGACUGCACGCUGUCCCCUGCCCCGCUGAUGUAACCUGCAGGACCCCGGGCAGUGAAUGGCCGGCUGCCUUCUUCCAUGGUGGAGGAGUCAUCAGUUCCUGCUCCUGGGCAGAGGAGUGACGCGCUCCACCCCUUCCUGUUACUUCCACCAUCUCCAAAGUUGGUUCAGCCUUCAGAGUUGAGGCCCCAACCCAAGGGCGCCAAGCUGGAGGUAGCAUUUUCUGGCAAUGCCGAGGAUUCCUGGAGGCAGCCUGUACCCUGCCAGUGUGGUGAACUCCAUCAAUGACUUGGUCCUUGGGCAGUACCUGUGCGCCAAAGGCUGGUUGCAACUCAAGUUGGUGGUAAGUCGAUACAGCUGAUAUUUCGAUUACCUGGGUACAUGCUAUUGGUAACAUGAAGCAGACGAACCUUCCAUUAACCUAAUUAACCCAAGUUGUUUGUAUGUGAGGCCGGACUUAACUUGAGGGGCUGCUGUACUUGGCAGAAGGCACCCAGCAUCUCCAGGUGCUCACACUUUCAGGACCAUCUCCCAGGCAGGAGAGGAAACCUUUAUUGUAGCCUUUCUCUCUUUUUU